UAAAACAAUUUCCAGUCAGAAAAAUAGCCAGGUGGAAGGCUAAAUGAGCCUUCAGUUUGAUCCAGCAGGACUCUUACAUUCUUAAUGAACUGUCCUAGUUAAAAAAAAUAAAAAUGGAAUUAUCCCUUACCAAUCACUAGCACAUCACAGACGGAGCUGUUAUCUGUCAUCAACUCCCUCCAUCCUGUGUGCAGUUCUGUUCAUCCUGUGCUAGUUAUGGACUUCAGAUUUUUGGUUUUUGUAAUAUAUGCAGCAUACAAAAGUCCACUCAGCCCCUUCAGAAUCCUACCACCUCAUUCUGCUCUGUAAAUGUAUUAGGUUUCAAGGAAGGACUACCAGGAAGAGAUGGGUAUAUUGAUAACUUUUAAGAUGAGGCAUAUGAGGGAAGGACUAGGAUGCAAAAAAGUUCUUGUGCUUUAUAUUACUUAAUAUUUGUAGCAUUUAUUAUGUAGCCCUCUAAAGAUUUCAAAACACUUCCUAUUACAACAGCGUCGUGCCAAUCACAAUAAUAAUUAACCUAAGAAACAACCUAGGUUGAUUAACCUAGUAUAUUGCAUCCUUAUUUCUCUUAAUGGUCUCAGAUACACCAGAGAAAAAGCUGCAUGAAAUGAUGAACUUUUCCUGCUUAUUGGAGAAGCAACUCAGAUCUCUGCAAUGUGAAUGUGCAAAGAAUGACUGAAAAUACCAAAUUUUCCCACAAUGGGGACUCUCUCCAGCAAAUGUAUGAUGAUAUGCUGGCAGAUGCCUUAUUUCUGAAAGAUAGUCAUAGUUGUGCAGCUCUUCUAAAUCCUCCUAUAUCACUGCAACACUUGUCAUCAACAAAUAGAAAAUCAUGGGCAAUGAGUCUGUUUUCUCCUAACACUGGUGCUCGGAACUCUUCUGAUCCAGCGUUUACAGUGCUCAAGACAGAUGAUGAGCUGGACACAUCUGAAAGUGUGAUUCGUUCAAUAUGCCAUUCACGAGAAAUUAUGCUGCUUCAGUUAACCUUGAUCAAGAUGAUGCUAUCCAAAAUGCAAUCCCAAGGAGUGGCAGUUGAAGCAAAACAGAAAUAUGUAGAGAUUAUUAGAAUUCUUCUGAAAGAAGCCAACAUAGACUCAAAACUAAUUCAUCUGUUACUUAUUUCUGAUAAACAACUAUCUUAUCAGGCUUCCAAAGCUUUGGUCUUCCUUGUGCGUUUUCAACUAACAGAAGAGGGUUCCCUGAACAGCGCCUGGUUUGCUUUUUGUUCAGAGGCUUUGUCUGGGUUUCCCAAGAGCAGUCAUGUAGCAGAAUGCCUGUGGACUCUUACAAAUGUGAUCAGAGAAAUUUUAAAAGAUGAAGGAUUGUGCAAAGGAGGUGGGCUACAGAAGAUUCUUACUUCUCUUGACAAAGUGCUUGAAGACUUUUACAACCGCAUCCCAUCUUCUUAUUCUGAGAUUGCCCAAGUAUCUGCAAAAGCUACAAAUGACUUGAGCAGCUUUCUGGACCUCCUUGAACUACUUGUGGCCUCCAGAACUCAGACACCACUGAACCUUGUCUGUCAAAGGAUGUUGCUUUUGAACGUUUCAUGCGUGUUGGGUCUUGUCACUUCACCCGUUCAUGAUUUAAUCAAGAAGAAAGCUAUCGUGCUGCUUAAGAAAUGCAUUCUUCACAAGGCUGGCGAAGACCUAAUCAAGGGAAAGGUGCCUUCUUUCUCCCACCCCGACCUGCAUUUUGAGAAGGACAGAUUAGCGUUUGCUGGUGUCAUUCUGCAGUUUGUAGCUACUGGGUGGCUGAAUCGUUUUACCCUUAGUGAAAAGGCGAGCCACUAUGGAGGCAGUCAGGUGAAGCCAGAAGUGGGUAUCUGUUGCAGUCCUGUUCAAGUGACCCUAAGAGCCCUAAGCUUGGUUUUGCUUAAAGCUUUAGAGGUUAAGAUAACAGAUUCUGCAUCUGAAGCUGAAGCCCGAGUUCAUCUGGAGAGUAUUAUGCACCCACUGCUGGCAUUCUUAAAGAGCCAUGUGUGGUCAUCUCACGCAUCUGAACAUCCUUGCGCAUGGCUCUCUACGCUGUUCAUAGAACAAGACGACGACAUGUUGGAAGCUGCGAAAACUUUAUUAACAGUUCAUUUAAAGUUUGAAAGAAUGGCACACAUAAUAAAAUUCGUGAAUAGCUGGUUUUGGUGGGAGAACAUCUGGAUGCCUGCCAACUGUAGCUGGUCGGACUAUGAAGAUCGCAAUGGAUACAUCUUUCCGAAACCACACCAGUUAUUGGUCACAAUUCCAUAUGCUUUUGGGAUGUUGGCUCUUAGGCUUUUUGUUGAAAGGUGCAUUGCUGCUCCUCUAGCAAAUCUCAUGGGCCUAAAGAGUGUGAAGCGUGUCCGGCCCCAGAAGAAUCCCACGUUGGAAACAUUUUUCAGGAAGUGCACGAAAAAACCAUCACAGUUGGAGAUACGUGGAUUAGCCAAAAAGUGUAACUGGACGGUGCACCUGGUGGAGAAGUGGUUCCGGCGGCGGCGAAAUAUAGAAAUCCCAACUCUGCACAAGAAAUUCCAGGAAGCUUGUUGGCGAUUUAUAUUCUACUUGGCAUCAUGUAUUGCUGGAAUUGUAUUUCUCUAUGAUAAACCCUGGCUUUAUGAUCUUUGGCAGGUUUGGGCCAACUAUCCAUACCACUCUUUGCUGGCGUCCCAGUAUUGGUACUACAUCCUCCAGAUGAGUUUCUAUAGUUCGCUGUUGCUUACUCUUGGAUUUGACACCAAAAGGAAGGACUUUAAAGCCCAUGUGAUUCACCAUUUUGCUGCCCUUGCCUUGAUGUUCUGCUCCUGGUGUAGCAAUCACGUCCGCAUAGGAACACUGGUCAUGCUCAUCCAUGACUCUGCGGAUUUCUGGCUGGAGGCAGCAAAGAUGUUCAACUACGCUCGCUGGGAGAAAACUUGCAGUUUCUUCUUCAUUGUCUUCUCCAUCGCAUUCUUCAUCACGCGAAUGAUUUUCUUCCCCUUUUGGAUUCUACGAUCCACAUUGAUCUAUCCUGUGUAUUAUACACAGACAUUCGUCCUAGCAUAUGUCGUCUACAAUGUACCUUUAUUGAUCCUGCAAGGUCUGCAUCUGUACUGGGGCUACUUAGUUUUCAAAAUUCUGAAGAAAUUCAUCUUUAUAAAGGUGCUUCCUAUCUCACAUAUCCCAGCCUGGGCUAAAAUUGGCGAUGACAAGCAUGUGAAAGAUGAAAGGAGUGACGAAGAAGAAGAAGAUUCUUUCAGUGAUGUCGAAGAGGAGUGCACCAAAAACGGAAGCAAGAAUGGAUUGAGCUACCCUCUCCUAAACAACAACAAUCAUUAGCGUGUUGCCAGCGCCUUCUCCUCAGGGUGCUGUUUGCUGCGCCUGAAAUCCAUCCUACAGUAGAGAGCUUAGCGUCAACAUCUUAACUGGAGUCCAUUAUUGAUUUUAUUGCCGGCCAGUUGAGCUGGAAGAGAGCCCAGUUUCUUAAAAGAGCAAGAAUAAUUUGCUUAACUCGACAAAAUGUGUUUAAUGGGCCACUUUCUAACACAGUGCAUACGGGUGCAUGGCAAGCCUGACCUUUUCAACUCUUGAGAAUUUUCAAGGAUCGCCAAACAGUCUUUGGAGUGUCAUCAUUUCGAACUGAGCUGCUCACACAUUUAGAAUUUGAUAAGCGCUUUAAACAGUUUUGCCGAGUCUCUCAUAAUGUUUUAACAUGGUUUCAUAAGUGCGGGGUUAUAUGUGAAGUUGUUGCCACCAGAAUUUUUUCAGUAAGGCAUUAGGCCAUCUUUGUUGAGUUUCAAGCCUUCAUUGGUUGCUUUCCUGAGAACUGCUUCUAAUUCUCUCUUGGAAGGGUUGACCUUAGGAAGAGGCAGCGUGGACCAAACUCUACCAAGGAUCUUUGUGAUAUUUUUCUCCAGAAUGACGAUUGACCAUUAAGCCACUCUGGGAAUUGUUGUUAAGUUGGUUUGUUACUUGAUGGUAGAAGCACAAGACAUUGUGGGAGGGCCCAGCGGCCACCCUGGUAUGUGGGGAGCCUGAGAACAUAGACUUUAGACUGAGUCAGAUCUAUCUUGUUCAGCAUUUUCUACACAAG